GUGGAGGAUACAUUCAUUCCAGCAGAGACAGAGUGUGUGUGUGUGUGUGAAGUGUGAGUACAGAGUGUGAAAAUGCUGCAGCAGGUGAUGCGAGUGUCAUGGAGGGGCGUGUCCCCAUUGAUUAAGUGGCCAGAGCCUGUGGCAGAGGUGAGGACUCUGGAUCAGAUGCCCGGACCAUCAGCUGUCAGAUUUGUCUGGGAUCUUCUGGCAAACCGAGGACUGUCCAGACUGCACGAACUGCAGCUGGAUGGUCGGCGGCGGUUCGGGUCAAUGUGGAAGGCGAGUUUCGGUCCAGUUCUGACAGUACACGUCGCAGAACCGGAGCUCAUAGAGCAAGUGCUCAGACAGGAAGGACACACACCCAUGAGGUCAGACAUUUCCUCCUGGAAGGACUACAGGAAGCACAGAGGACACGGAUAUGGCCUACUGACCUCUGAGGGGGAGGAGUGGCAGAAAGUUCGCAGUCUUCUCUCCAAACACAUGCUGCGUCCCAAAUCAGUGGAGGCGUACGACAGCACCCUGAACACUGUAGUGACCGAUCUGAUCACCAAACUCCAACUACACACACAACAAGAUCGUCACGGAGUCGUCAGUGACAUCGCAGCAGAGUUCUACCGCUUUGGCCUGGAAGGUAUCUCCUCGGUACUAUUCGAGUCCAGGAUUGGUUGUUUAGAUGCGGUUGUUCCCGUGGAAACAGAGCGUUUUAUCCAGUCCAUUAACACGAUGUUCGUGAUGACGCUGCUCACCAUGGCGAUGCCGGCGUGGCUCCAUCGUCUUUUCCCCAAACCGUGGCGAACCUUCUGUCAGUGCUGGGAUUACAUGUUCCAGUUCGCCAAGGGUCAUAUCGAUCAGCGCCUUAAAGAGGAAGAGGAGAAGCUGGUGCGUGGAGAGGAAGUGGAGGGGCGAUAUCUGACGUACUUCCUGUCUCGAGCUGGAAUGCCGAUGAAGUCGGUGUACAGUAACGUGACAGAGUUGCUGCUUGCAGGAGUCGAUACGAUCUCCAGCACACUGUCCUGGUCACUCUAUGAACUUUCCCGCCAUCCUGAGAUCCAGAGAUCACUGAGGUCAGAGAUCAUGGAGGUUCUGGGAGACAGAAGAAUCCCGACUGCAGCAGAUGUAGCGUCCAUGCCUCUGCUGAAGGCCGUCAUUAAAGAAAUCACCAGGCUGUAUCCCGUUAUUCCUGCGAACGCUCGAGUCAUCACAGAUCGGAAUAUUACAGUCGGAGGCUACAUCAUUCCCAAGAAGACGCUCAUCACUCUGUGUCAUUACGCCACAUCACGUGAUCCGGCUCAGUUUUCCAACCCAAACUCGUUUUUCCCGCAGCGGUGGCUGAGUCGUGAUGAAGGGAAUCACCCGUAUUCCUCUCUUCCCUUCGGAGUUGGCAAGCGCAGCUGCAUCGGCCGCAGAAUCGCAGAACUCGAGCUGUACCUGGCCCUCAGUCGGAUUUUACUGCAUUUUGACGUAAAGCCGGAUCCGAGCGGUCGCGUGGUCCGACCCAUGACCCGAACUCUCCUGGUUCCAGACAGAGAAAUUAAUCUGCAGUUCAUCAAGCGCUGAGCCUCUGACCACAAUGUGUGUGUGUGUGUGUGUGUGUUCACAUGGUGCUCAUCAUCUUGUCUUCUGGAUAUGAAACAGAACAGAAGCUGAAGUUUCCACUCAGGGACAGAUGAAUAACUCCUUUGUCUGACUUUAAUGUGAUGGUCAAUCAGUAUAAAUAUGUGCUUGUGGAGGGUUUUCCAGUGGAUACACCCUCUAAUGGACAUGCCAUCCUACCCCGCCACACCCCCACAUCCCCACGGACAUGCCCCUCAGUUGCCCUCUGAGUUCCUAGGAGUUCCGUGGAGCAUGAUAGAUAACUAGAGAGUUAGAGAUGAUUUGUGUCUAAAUGAAAUGUGAUUGAAGUCAGACAGUGAAAUCAGACCGUGGCCAUCAUGUAGCAUGUAGGUACUGGUGCUUAAAAUCAACACUUUCGCAUCAGUCACAUCUGUUACUCUUACUGUAGUGUUUAUUUAGUGUUACUGUUAAUAUAGUGUUACUGUUACGUGUCUGUUUAUGUUAUUGUAGUGUUACUGUUACUUGUUUGUUAGCAUUACUCUGUUGUUACUGUAGUAUAAUUGUUACUGUUACCCUUACACUAGGCUUUUUACACUUUUUAAUGCUUUUUAAUAAAUUGUUCAUUUAAAAGAGAA